AACUUUUGUCUUCAAGUAGCCAGUGGGAUGGAGUAUCUUGCGUAUAAAAGAUUUGUACACAGGGAUUUAGCAGCAAGAAACUGUAUGGUAUCUUCCGAUUUGACCAUAAAGAUAGCUGACUUUGGCCUGUCAAGGGACAUCUAUUGUGAUACAUACUACAUGGACACAACCCUAUCUCGUCCCCUGCCUGUCAGAUGGAUGGCUGCUGAGAGUUUGCGAGAUGGAAAAUAUAGCAGCAUGUCUGAUGUGUGGUCUUAUGGUGUAGUAGUAUGGGAGGUGUUUACGAGAGGGGGCACACCAUACGCCGAUGUAGAUUCAUAUGAUAUAAAGUCGUAUGUGUUGUCUGGACAUCGAUUGGACAAACCAACAAGUCUACCAAAUGAAAUAUACGAGAUUAUGUGGUCUUGCUGGAACAGUGAUGCUCAUGAAAGACCCACUUUUGCAGAGAUCGUAGUAAAGGAAAGAAAUAUUCUGGAGGAGAUCGAAGAGCGCGACCAAGUACUCCAUACCUCCACCACUGUGCGGCAGAGUCAACAACAACAACAACAACAACAACCAAAAUGGAUAAGUCAGUCGCGUUAUGGGUCUCGUCUUCAAAGAUUGUUCGAGAGAAAGGCAGAUGCUGCUACAAAUAUGUAUACACAAGCGUCAGCUUUAACAAUGUACCAUCGCCAUACUGAUCUCAAUAAGAAACAGUCAUAUUCUGGCCAAUCAUUCAAACGUGAAUACGACUGGGGUAAAAUUGCACACAGUUAUAUCAAUGUAAAACAUGAUGCCUAUAUCAACCCCGUUUUUGAUUCCGAUGUGUAAUGCGAAAUGAUGAACGCUAUUUCUAUUUUCAGCCUAUGGAUCUCAGGUUAGGAGCCUAUACGGGU